AUGGUAAAUCUAAAAGCAUUCAUCGCUGGAGGCUUAUUAUUAGUGUCCGGUAUUCUAUUUAUUGUUGCUAACGCUGAUCCAUCAUGGGUAAAAGCAACAUCAGGCGGAGUCACACUUGGAAGAGCUGGUUUAUGGAAAAGUUGUGGACUGAAUCUGUGUAUUUCAAAUACCUGUCCAAAAGCAGCAGCUUCCCAACCCAAAUGUAUACAACUACAGGUAGCACGUGCACUUAUAACAGUAGCGUGUCUAAUAUCGAUUAUUAGCGCUCUUUGUUUAAUGGCUGGUGGUGCAUUAAGUGUACCGAAAGCAUUAGCGUAUGUAGGUAUAGGAUUGGCAGUGGUAACAUUUAUUUGUGGGCUCGUUGGUUUUGCUGUUGGUAUAAGCGCAUUAAAGACCGGGGGACCGGGAAAAAUGGGUGCUGCAGCUGCCUGUGCAAUAAUUGCAUGGAUAUUAGCGUUGAUCGGUGCAAUAUGUAGUUUCGUUUUUACUUUUGUUUUCGUUUCCUCAUCAGCAUAAACAGAAUGAGUUUUCUAUAAUAUAUCACAAAGAAUAAAUUUUUUAAAUAAAUACGCAAUAUUUAAAUAAAAACGACAAUACUUUCCGGAGUAUUUUCAACACCCAUCUGUACUUCCAUAUAAAAUGGAAGCUUAUAAGAAAUAUUUCGAUCACCUAUCCUACUCAAAACGUUUGGCGCAUGUAGAAUGUCAGAAACAUUCAACGGACUUUUUUCCUGCGAAACCGUACGUAUUACAGUGGUAUGGACACGCAAGAAAUCAUCCAUUGACAAGAGACCGAGCUUGUUCGAUGAUGUAUGCUUUGCAUCCAUCUAAAAGGUGCAGAAAAAUCUAUGUUUUCUUCAAUAUUCUUGCAGAUAUUGAGAUGAAACUCUUAAUGAAUUUGUGAAUCAUAUUCUUAAGAGAACUGGAUCGGUUCAUUUAGCUUAAGAUGAGCGCAACAGGAACUUCACAGCCUCGAUCGCGUUUUGCUUUCUCUACCCAAGGGAAAUAGUCGCGACAUUCUCUUUAGUCCUGACGUCCUUCUCAUGUUUUCGAUGUUUUGUUUCCAAAUUCAGUAGAACCUAUACAUUUCUAUUUUUUUUCGUUCAAACUUUAGAUAAAGCACCACUGAUUUCAAAACAAAAAUUAAGUUUAUCGUGUUUGACUUAAAUACGCAAAAAUGGUGUUAGUAAAGUACUGGUUUACGCAGUUUUAUAAAAUCCUGAAAGUGCCAGAAGUGAUACAUUCUGAUGUGCUGAAAAUGUUUCUGUGAGUUUAAAGGUGGAAAAUAUUUUAUCUGUCGAUCCUGUUAGCAUCUUCUUAUACAUUGACUAUAUAAAUUCAGAAAAUUUUGGAGACAAUGAAAUCAGAGCAAAUCGAACAGCAUUGCUUAAUAUUCUUGUAAACCAUGUCUGUUCGUAAUUCGAUACAAAAAGUAACACAUUAGUUUCAAUGAUAUCAGCAUAAUUGCAUAGGUCAUCACAAGUAGCAAUAUUUUAGAAGGAAGAUGUUUAGUUGUAACUGGUGUAAUAGAAAAGUGAUUGGGGAUGAAAGUUCUUCAUGAUCUUCAUUGAUUACCUUUACAGAACUAUUUUCUUAAAAACAGAUGAAAACUGUUGCGAAGAGUCAUCAAAAGCUUCGCACUACUAAUUAAUUAAUCCUCGCACUUGUAUUUCGGUCAGUGGCACUAGCGUUCAUUAAAGAAAUCAACCAAUUACAAACAGUGGUAGUUUAUGUGAUGGGCUAGUGGGGCUAGUGGCCUGUUACACGAGUUGAAUUAUGAAAUGCCCAAGUGGUAUUCAAACCACAAAUUAGAGAUAGGAUAAGAUAUACUAUUAUCCAUUUCAAAAUAUAGUGUACGCGGCUAUUUUUGAAUAACUUCAAAACGAAGAGAAAGAGACCUGCGCUUUUCAGUUUCUUAAAGUAGACACUGGAGGACAUCGAUCUAUGCAGGAAUUAGGUGUUCCGAACAGGUUUACCGUGGUGCACCUUUCGAGUGAAAAAGUUGGAGCUUGCCAUGCUAAAAAUCUAAAUAGUGAGAUGCUAAUCCAAAUUAAAAAAACUUCAGAACAUAUACUUCGAAGUGUCCAGUGCGCUCCACAGUUUUUAUUAUUAUUACACAUUGAACAUAAUCAGUUUUGUUAAUAAAGUAUAUAUUUCAAUGCUUUUUUCGGGUACCGGACCUGUAGUUUUUGAGAAAAUAAUUUUCUAAGUUUAGCCUCGGUUUUUUACUCCAUUUUUAAAAGUUUAAUAAAAUUUUCAGAUUUCUGUAUAUAACCUCGGUUUUGAUGUCAAUCGAUAGAGGACACCAAGAUGUAACUACAAAAACUUCGGUCAAGCUUUGAAUGAGUUAUCCCGCUUUGAGCUGCCCGAUGGCAUUUUGGAGCCAGAAGUAUUUUUAAAAACACCUGGAACCGAAUUUCGCACGAAGGAAGCAUUUUCAAGGAAAAAUGCGGGUACGAACCUUGUUCAGAAUCAGAUUCACUAGAAUAUGAACAAAGGAUUCUUCAAAAUUCAUUAAACUCGAUUUUGAAAUUGAAAAAUACGGUUGUUAAAAUUUUAAAAUUUAGUAAACUUUAAUUUAAAAGUGCAGUUUAAGGCCCUCCUCCCCCUCAAAAAAGUCAGUUUUCGUCAAAAAUUUCGAAAUCGAGAUAAAUGCAUGGGGAGAUAGCCCGUCUUCUGCUCUCUCAGAAACACUAUUGGUUUUUUCUUCGGCUCCCAUUUUUGACCG